AUGAUCAAAAUGCUCCAUAUUCCCGAAGGCGCAUCUGGCGACGCGCCGAGAAUCAGAAGAGAGGGAGAAAUGACGAUUCCAGUGCUCGAUUUAUUCAACUUUGAAAGCGACUCGGCUGAAGGAUGCGAGUAUGUCUUGACGUCACCAAGAUCGCUUCAAGCCUGCGCUGCACUGGACAUUCGACCCGUUGAGCUUUUAAAGGUGACGCUCAACGAGCUGGUAGCGGAGAGACCAGAGUUGUCGAUCAGAGAAGCGAAGGAAUUCCUGGCGAAAAUCAACGAAGAAAGAGAUGAAAAGCUGCAGGAAGCUAGGGUAGCGAGGAAAAGGAUCAUCGAGGGUCAGCCGGUGAAAAGACGCAACGAAGAACCAAACAAGCCCUCGAAAAUGCAGAAAUUCACCUCUGAACCGACUGUAAGAAGUCAACCAUCUCGUGGAACGAAUAUGAUCAAAUCCUCAAGCUCGCCUCACGUCAGACCUCCGGCGAAGUUGACCCCACUGGGGUUGUCUAUGACCAAAAUCCCUUCCAUCGGCUCAUCCGCAUCAUCGGUCGUCUCUUCCUCCCGCCGCCGCAGUGACCAUGACCGUCUCAUGAACGCAAUGAUAAGGCGAUACCACGAGAAAAAGAAGGAGGCCAAGAACUCCCGAGAAAAAUGGCAUCAAUGGGAACAAGAUCGCCUCAAGACUGAAAGAGAGAAGAUGAAAGCCCAAAGAAACACGCAGGCGCGCGUGGCGAGGAACAGACGAUCAGAUAUUCACCAACUGGCAGAAAUGAGCGAACGAAGGCGGCAAGAAGAGGAAGUAACACUCAAGGAGCGAGAAAAGGCGAUCGAGGAAAAACUUCAAAAAGCAUAUGCAAAGGCUCAAUUGAUGAAAGAAGCGAAACAGCAGAGGAUCAAAGAAAACAUGGACAUGGAAGCGAGGAAAAAGCGAUACCAAGAAGAGCGAUUGAAAAUGAUGGAAAAUGAAAAGAUCGCGAGAGAACGUCAAUUGAAAAGUGAUCUGGAGAAGAAACUACGCGAUGCUGAUGCUGUCCGAAACCAGAAAUUGCAGUCCGAUGCGGAAGUGCUUCAACGAAGGAAUCAGAUGAAAUUUCUGGCUUUUCAAGAGACGUAUGAGGAUGUGCAGAAAAUCAAACAAGAAGAAAACGCGGAGAAAAAAGAGAGACUCAGUAAGAGACUCGAACAAGCGCAGAAAAACAACCAAGAAUUGAUGCAUAAACGAUCACAUGCUUUGAAAAUCGCUGCAGCUCAGAAACAACGUCAGCUUGAAGAAGUUCGGGCAGCGAAAGAAGAGCUGCUGAAAGAACAACAAACCAGAAUUCAAGAAGAAGUCCUCCGAAACGAGAAGCUCGCUGAAGAAGCUCGUCGAGGAGUGAGCCAAAUGAAGCAGAUGAAACUGGAAGAGAUCAAAGAAAAGCAUCAACUGGAGAGACUACGCGCUCAAGAAAAUCUCCGACGAAACGAAAGAGCUUUUGAGGCUGAGCGCGAGAAAUUAGAGCAACAAGUCGAUCAGAAAAUUGCAAAGAGUGAAAAAAUUUUGGAAGAUCGAGAAAGAACCAUCCUGAUUUCGAAGGUUCAAGCGCGCAAACAAGCGGCGGAACGCGAUGCCAUCCGCAAAGAACUCGAAAGUUUCGACCAAAAAGUCUCCACUGUCAACAUGCUCGCCGCCGUCGUCCAUCGCCGCGACAAGAUCAUCUAA